AUGAAGCCCACGCUUCCGCUGUCGGCGCUGUUCGCCAUGGCCGCCGCUACGGCCCCCGCCAGCGAUGCUCCGGCCAACGACACGCGCCCCGUCAACUUUGGCAUGGUCCUCUUCACUGGCUUCCAGGCACUUGACGUCUUCGGGCCCCUCGACAUAUUCAACAUUCUCUCCUUCUCCCAGCGCAUCAACCUGCACAUCAUCGCGCCCACCCUCGAGCCCGUCCACACCUACCCCCCCUGGAACCUGGGCGUCGGCUCCCGGUGGUCCGAGUCCGUCAAUCCUACCCACACCCUCGCCGACCCGCCCAAGGACCUUGACGUGCUCUUCGUCCCUGGCGGCGCCGGCACCCGUGACGCCAACAUUGCCGAGGUGACCCAGAUCAUCGACUACGUCCGCGACGUCUAUCCCUCGCUCCAGCACAUCCUGUCCAUCUGCACCGGUGCCGGCAUCCUCGCCCGCGCCGGCGUCCUCGACGGCCGCAACGCCACGACCAACAAACGCGCCUGGGCCCAGACGACGGCCCUCGGGCCCGCCACCAACUGGAUCGCCAAGGCCCGCUGGGUCGUUGACGGCAACGUCUACACGUCGAGCGGCGUCAGCGCCGGCAUCGACGCUGCGCUGGCCUACGUCUCGGAUAUUUGGGGCGAGGAUGAGGCUGUCCGCCUCGCCAUUGGCGCCGAGUACAACCGCGUGCUCGACCCGGCUGAUGACCCCUUUGCCGCGCACUGGGGGGCCCAGGACGUGCCGCCCGUGAGGGAGGCUUGCAAGAAGCACUGA